AUAAGUAAUGAUUAGAUUGGGGGAUUGUGCUCCCCAAAUGACUCAGUAAUUCAGGGAGUGAACGCUGCUGCGAGUCUGGCUGGUAGUCAUCCGACUAGAGAACAACAUUAUGAGGUCCUGGUGUGCUCUUGCUUUCCUCUGGUUGGUGUAUCUUUGCCGUGGCGCUCUGUCCUGCCCGGCACUUUGCAAAUGCUACCACAGGAGAGCUGAGGUGGUCUGUAACAAAGUUACCCUGACAGAGUUCCCCACAGAGGGGCUCCUGAAGAACACCACCCUGCUGACCAUCCAGUUCACGAACAUCACCUCCAUCUCAGAGCGGCAGUUAAACGCCACGCCCCUGCUGAAAGGGCUCCACCUGUACAGCAACCACCUGCAGAGCCUCCCCUCGGAUCUCCUCCGAGGCGUCCCUCGGCUCGACACUUUGGAUCUCACAGACAACAAGCUGUCUGAGCUGCCUGCAGACGUCUUCAGCCACGCCCCGCUCGUCAGCUUAGUGCUGAAGAACAAUCAGAUUGCGAAAGCCGAUGCUGAGUGGCUUCCUGAUAACAGCACUGUCACCUGGUUGGACUUAUCAGGGAACCACUUAAUGAAAAUCUCAGCUGCUCUGCUUCAGAAGCUGCCCCAGCUGGAGAAUCUGGACCUUUCCAACAACCGCCUGGAGACGAUCACCCCCGAUUCUUUCAAUGCUCUGGCCAAACUCGAGAGGCUAAACCUGCAAAACAACAAGCUGGACACCCUGGAUGCAUCUCUGUUCCAGAGCACCCAGAACCUCACCUAUCUGUUCCUCUCACGCAAUAAACUCAGCAAACUCCCCGAAAACCUUUUCCAGGGGCUCACUCAGCUCAAAGCCCUGAGUCUGGAAGACAACCAGCUGAGGCACAUCCCUGCCGGGUUGCUGGACCCUCUGAACUCCCUGGACGAGGAGGGGCUGGACCUGUCCGCCAACCCCUGGCUGUGUGAUGGGAAGAUCGAGUACCUGUGGAGGUGGCUUCAGAAGAACCAGAGGAAGGUGUUCCUGCCAGAGACAAUCCUGUGUGCCGGGCCGCCGGCUCUGAGAGAGCGCUCAGUGAUGUCACUGACAGACAGUGAACUAAACCUUCAGUCUUAACGUUGUCCGUCAAACUUGUUAUAAUCUUGUUAUGAUAUGCACUCAGUUAACCCUGUGUCAGCUGUCUUAACUUUUCAAUCGUGAAACAUUCUUCCAUCAAUGUACAGUCAUGUCAAUGUAUAAUUAAAUAUAUAUAAUUAAAUAUAUUAGAAGAUCCUUU